AUCCAUUAUUGUAUCAUUUUUCCUUAGAUAUACAGAGGCAAAAAUGUCAGUGAGUGUACGUAGUAAAUCUGCCUUCGGUAAUAGCAGAUUCGAACCUUCAAUCAAAGCGAAUUCCGACAUGUGGUCUAAUGCUGAACGGUGGAGCACCAAUGAUGACGGAAGUCCGCAAGAGGAUGACCGUCACAGUCCACCAAUAGAGGAUUACAAAAAUUCACCAUUUGACAACCGUCAGGUAACUGAUGACAUCGAGCGUCUACCAAAUUACGAACAAAUUCAAGAAAUCGAUGACCAUCAACGUUCAUCAUUCAAACGACCAAACCACAAUCGUCAUCAUCAAGUAACUGAUGACAGCAAACGUCUACCAAAUUAUGAACAAAUUCAAGAAAUCGAUGACCAUCAACGUUCAUCAAUCAAACGACCAAACCACAACAGUCACCAUGAAGUAACUGAUGAACGCAAACGUCUACCAAAUUACGAACAAAUUCAAGAAAUCGAUGACCAUCAACGUUCAUCAAUCAAACGACCAGACCACAAUCAUCAUCAUGAAGUAACUGACGACCACGAACGUUUACCAAAUUACGAACAAAUUCACGAAAUCGAUGACCAUCAACGUUCAUCAAUCAAACGACCAAACCACAAUCGUCAUCAUCAAGUAACUGAUGACAGCAAACGUCUACCAAAUUAUGAACAAAUUCAAGAAAUCGAUGACCAUCAACGUUCAUCAAUCAAACGACCAAACCACAAUCGCCAUCAUCAAGUAACUGACGACCACGAACAUUUACCAAAAUACGAACAAAUUCAAGAAAUUGAUGACCAUCAAGGUUCAUCAACCAAACGACCAGACCACAAUCGUCAUCAUAAAGUAACUGAUGACAGCAAACGUCUACCAAAUUACGAACAAAUUCAAGAAAUCGACGAUCCUCAACGUUCAUCAAUCAAACGACCAAACCACAACAGUCACCAUGAAGUAACUGAUGAACGCAAACGUCUACCAAAUGACGAACAAAUUCAAGAAAUCGAUGACCAUCAACGUUCAUCAGCCAAACGCCCAGAUCUCAACCGUCACCAUAAAGUAACUGAUGACAGCAAACGUCUACCAAAUCACGAACAAAUUCAACAAAUCGACGACCAUCAACGUUCAUCAACCAAACGACCAGAGCUCCAUCGUCAUCAUCAAGUAACCGACGAUCACGAACGUCUACCAAAUUACGACCAAAUUCAAGAAAUAGACGAGGAUCAUCAUUCAAUAGUCGAUGACAACCAAAUUCAAGAAAUCGAUGACAGCGAACGACCAACGUUGGAAGGUCGACAGCAUCCAGUGGUCGACUAUCAUGACAACCACGAAGACCGUGUCCUUCCUAAUCCAAUGGUCGACCAAACGACCAAAGAUCCAAGUGACGAAAGUGAACCUUUGCAAAUCAACCUAUGGCUCAGUCAUGGAUUGGAUGAGCCUGCUCAUAAGAGUGAGAAUCAUAAGGUGGCUGAUGAGCUGGCUAAAAGAGUCAGGGUGUUAUGCUGGGUGAUGACUUAUCCCGACAACCAUCAAACCAAAGCCAUCCACGUUAAGGCCACGUGGGGGAAGAGAUGUAACCGGCUGAUCUUCAUGAGCUCUCAGAAAGACGAUUCGUUGCCAGCAAUUGCUUUGGAUGUGGUUGAGAGUAAAUAUUUCUUGUGGAGUAAGACCAAGAAGGCAUUUCAAUAUGUACAUGAGCAUUAUCGCAAUCAUUUCGACUGGUUUAUGAAGGCGGAUGAUGAUACAUACGUGAUAUUAGAGAACUUGAGAUAUUUGCUUGCGAGCUAUAAUACUCACGAACCUAUUUACUUGGGACGGAGAUAUGAACACAGAACGCGGCGAUCGAGCUACAUGACUGGCGGUGCGGGGUAUGUGUUGAGUCUCGCUGCCCUGGAUCUCUUCGUCACCAAAGGCAUUAACUCCACGAAUCAUAUGUGCAAAGAAGAUGAUUGGGGUCCCUCCGAAGACAUAGAUUUGGGAAGCUGUAUGGAAAUUCUCGGAGUGAAACCCAUAGACACACGAGACUCAAGAGGUCGCGAGCUGUUCUUCCAGAACAUGCCUCUUGACGUAGAACCUGUAGUGCACUAUUGCCCUGCUAACUGUCCUUACUACCCUGUUAUGGAGGGUGAGGAUUGCUGUUCCGACCGAGCUGUUUCAUUCCACGGCAUUCGUCCUAUGAACAUGUACGCGUUGGAAUAUUUGGUAUAUCAUCUUCGUCCUUACGAAACAUGAUGUAACCAUGGAUAUUGAAAUAAAAAAGUUUAUAACAAC